GCAAAGCAAAACGCUCUAGCCCCAAAAAAAACAUCUUCCUCAAAGCGAACGCGUAGUCCGGCACAGCGAGCCACCGUCGUACGGGGGAAUAAGAAGGCUGAAAAAUAUACAUAUAUAAUAAGGAGAUCAUGGAUAGUGAAUAUACACAAGAUGGAACUCUUGACAUUCACAAGAAACCAGCCAACAAGAAUAAAACAGGAACCUGGAAAGCUUGCAGAUUCAUUCUCGUGACUGAGUGUUGUGAAAGAUUGGCUUACUAUGGAAUGAGCACAAACCUGGUGAACUAUAUAGAGAAACAUCUCAGUAUGGGAAACGUAGCAGCUUCCAACAGUGUCACAAACUGGUCGGGAACAUGUUACGCCACUCCUUUGAUCGGUGCUUUUCUCGCCGAUGCUUACCUCGGUCGUUACUGGACCAUCGCUUCCUUCGUCGUCAUCUACAUUUGCGGAAUGACGCUAUUGACGUUAUCAGCUUCGGUUCCUGGUCUAACACCAACCUGCCACGGUGAAAACUGCCACGCAACCGAGUUUCAAAUCGCGAUCACGUUCGUAGCGCUCUACUUGAUAGCACUCGGGACAGGAGGGAUCAAGCCAUGUGUUUCCUCCUUUGGUGCUGAUCAGUUUGACGACACAGACGAAGAGGAGAAAGAGUCAAAGAGCUCUUUCUUCAACUGGUUCUACUUUGUGAUCAACGUUGGUGCGAUGUUCGCUUCCUCUGUCCUCGUUUGGAUUCAGAUGAAUGUUGGUUGGGGCUGGGGUUUCGGAGUUCCCACUGUCGCCAUGGCGGUCGCCGUCCUAUUGUUCUUCGCGGGAAGCAAAUUCUAUAGGCUUCAGAAACCAGGAGGAAGCCCUAUCACAAGAAUGCUUCAAGUCAUCGUUGCUUCUUUCAGAAAAUCAAAAGUGAGAGUCCCUGAAGAUGCAGCUCUUCUCUACGAGAUACACGACGCUGAAAGCAGUAUCCAAGGAAGCCGCAAGCUCGAACACACCCCUAAACUAACAUUCUUUGACAAAGCAGCAGUAGAGACAGAGACUGAUGAGAACAAAGAAGCAGCCAAAUCGGGAUGGAAGCUAUGUACAGUGACGCAAGUGGAAGAGCUCAAAGCACUGAUCAGUCUCUUGCCGGUUUGGGCCUCAGGGAUAGUCUUUGCUGCUGUUUAUAGCCAAAUGAGCACAGUGUUCGUGCUUCAAGGCAACACUAUGGACCAAAGCAUGGGACCUAACUUCACUAUCCCUUCCGCAUCACUCGCCUUAUUCGACAUUCUCAGUGUCCUCUUCUGGACACCUGUCUAUGACCAGCUCAUCGUUCCCCUCGCCAGGAAGUUCACCGGUCAUGAACGUGGCUUCACACAGCUUCAACGUAUAGGAAUCGGACUUUUAAUCUCUAUUUUCUCAAUGGUCUCUGCCGGAAUCCUAGAGGUGGCGAGGUUAAGAUACGUGCGAACUCACGAUCUCUACGAUGCGAAAGAGGUUCCAAUGUCGAUAUUCUGGCAAGUUCCGCAGUAUUUUUUCGUAGGUUGCGCUGAGGUGUUCACGUUUAUAGGGCAGCUGGAGUUCUUCUACGACCAAGCACCUGAUGCGAUGAGGAGUCUUUGCUCGGCAUUGGCGCUGACGACGGUGGCGCUAGGGAACUAUCUAAGCACACUGCUGGUGACGGUGGUUACUAAAGUGACGACGACGGGCGGAAGAGCGGGAUGGAUAGCAGAUAACCUGAACAGAGGUCAUCUUGAUUACUACUAUUGGUUAUUGGCUGUUUUGAGUUUCUUGAAUUUCUUCGUCUACCUUUGGAUUGCCAAAUCCUACACUUACAAGAAAGCCAAAGGCCAUGCUCUCUAAGGUUAUAUCUAUGCACAUUUUUCUUUAUAACUUAAUUUACAGUAAGUAAUAUUUAUUUGUUUUCGAACAGUCAGUCAUGUUUAUUUGUCAGUACCAAAGAACAUAUGCAUAGCAUUGGUUUUGUAAUGAAACUAUAUUAGUAGAUUUGUCUUGUCAGACCUGAUUUUCUCUGAUUCCAUUUGCUUUUGUUUUUUACUUUCUA